AUGACUACUGCUGAAACUUUGACCAAAUCGGUGUCCCGCAUGGCCGGUGCCAGAUUGAGUCGUGGUCGAGGGCAGACACCGACGGCGCAAUGUGGAAGGGACAAAAGGACUGUGACCCAAGCAAUUGAUAUCACAUCGGCCCAGCGGCCGGCCAGUCGCUGCGCGGGUUCGAACCCUGUCGAAGGGGCUGUUGAAGGUGGUGGGGCCGAGGGGGCAGCUCGAGUGGAUGCUGAUUGA